GCUUUCCCUUGUAACACCUUUAUGCUGUGCUGUAUUCCCACAAAUGAGUUCUAUUCCAUUUGAUAAACUUGAACCUAAUGUACAAGCUUAUAUUAGAGAAACACGAUCAUCUGGUCGAUUACCUUCAAUUGUUUAUUAUAAUAAAGGUUUAUAAUCAAUCAAUGUGUUUUAGAUAAUCAACAAAAAAAAUAUACAUACAUGAAUUUUUUUUUUCAAUUGAAUUUAAAUUCCAUCCAUAUCUUUAGAGAGAAGAAAACAAACAAACUAAUUUUCUACUGAUAGAUGUUAUAUUGAUUAAAUUGCAUUUGAAUUAUCAUUCCAAUGUAUUAUUUGAAAUAGUUUACCCUAGG